AUGGCUAAAUUCAUGCAAAUCCUUUUCGUUGCCUUCUUGGCCAUAGCUUUGGUUGCCGCCGAACCAAAACGUUUCCAAGGAAGACGUAAUCGUUUCUUGGCCCGCCAGGAAGUAGAGGAACCAGUAACUCCAUAUCCCACUGCUGAUGAAUUGAAACCAGAAGUUCCUUUCGACGAAGCUGUUGCCGCUGAAGGACAAAAUCGUUUUACUCCUGUUACUGCUACUGGAGAAAUCCCUUUCACAUCUGUAGCCGCUGAAGGAGAAACUACCUUUACAUCUGUGGCCGCUGAUGGAGAACUUCCCUACACACCUGAUGAAGUUUAUGGCCCACCAGAGGAAGAAGAUUUUCCAGUAGAAACUCCAGUUGUUGAAGAAAAUGCUGUUGUAUCUGAAGAAGAAAUUGCCUCUGCUCGUUUAACUACUCGUCGCAAUGGAGUCCGUAAAGCUGCAGUUCGCCCCGCAAAAUUGCGCAAACAAGUCCGUGCUCGUCCAGCUAAAUUGCGUAAAGCCACCCCAGCUCGUUACCAAGUACAACCACAAUAUGUUCCUCAACCUCUCUUCUACUAUAUCGCCCAUUAA